AUGCCACUACAGAUUCUUGCUCUGCAUGUAAAGGAAUGCAACACUGCUGAAUAUGAGGCGCUUUCUGACUCAGAACCAGAGCUGACUGAUUUACCUCCUGAUUCACCUGAAUUACCUCCUGUUACUGAAGAAGAGUCACCAGAGGCAAAGUGUCCUGUUUGUCAGCAAAGUUUUCCUGCGAAGGAAUUGGAGCUCCAUGCAAGUUUUUGUGGCGAUUUAGAUAGUCCAGUUGGCCUUCUAAGCCCUGAUAUAAUGGAGUCACAAAAAGAAGAAAUGUCAUGUGAAGAGGAUGUACUGCGAUGGCUUGCUGCUCAAGUUGAUACCUCCAAAGAAUUCAGUAUCUGUGUGUCUAGAAUGAACCUCUUAGAAAGAGGAAUGUCACUGUGGAAGCGACAAAAGCUUAGCUCCCCAAUCCACACUUUAAAGGUGACAUUCAUGGGAGAGGCUGGAGUCGACACAGGCGCUCUCCGUAAAGAAUUCCUGACAGAAAUGAUUAGUGCCAUAGAGACCCGGCUCUUUGAAGGAGAAAAUGGUAAAGGAAAAAUGCCUAAGUACUCACUAAAUGACCUUGACAAUGGCCUGUUUCUUGCUGGGGAAAUAUUUGCCGUAAGUCUCGCUCAAGGUGGUCCAGCUCCACGAUUUCUACAGGAGUGGUGUUACAAUUACCUGUUAAGUGGAAACCUUGAAAACAUCAUGGUGGAUAAUGUUAAUGACAUGGAAUUUUCACCACUGAUUAAAAUGAUCGAGGAGACUUCAGACCUGUUGAAUUACUGUGAGCAAAUUACGAGCUGUGGCUACACUGGCCCUAUAAAUGACCAAAACAAGGAGAAUAUAAAGAGGGCAAUUGCAAUGCAUGCCGCUGCUCGAAGAACUCUAAUGCUUCAGCAGCUCCGUGAGGGCCUUCAACUUUACCGUCUAGUGGACAUCAUGGAGAAGAACAAAGAAGUGUGCCGUGGCCUCUUUGUUUUUGAAGGUGGCAAUGAUCAGGUGGACUCUGAUUACAUUGUGUCACAUCUUGACCCACAAAUGAGUGAGAGUGGCACUCUAAAGCACAGCAAAGAAAUUCAAAUCUUGAAUAACUUCCAAGAUUUUUUAAUGGAACUUGAAGAUGGAGAUUCUGAGGAUGAGGAGGCACUUUCUGUGUCAAAAGUAAUGCAGUGGCUGUCUGGUCAAGCACAUCUGCUCCUUUCAGAGAGACAAGCUUUUAAAAUCACAGUUCUAUUUGACCAUACAUGCAUGGAACUUUAA